AUGAACUCCGAAGACGAGCAGCUCGUCAACUUUUACAACGAUCGCGUGGCGGCGCACCGCCGACUACUUUCGACGACGAGCGAGACGCUCUGGCAAAAGUUUCACUGGUCAGGCUGGAGCAUCUCGCUGCUUGUCCUGGUGGCUACAAUAUUCUACCGAUCGUAUGGCCAGGAAACAACCCUCGACGCCGUCGUCACAUCGGCCGGCAAUAUACUUCUCGAAGCGCUCAUCUUCAUCUUACCUGCUCGUCUGAUCUUUGCUCUCGACAGCUGGGUCAACCCGUCACAAUCAAUGAAUGACGGCAGCACACAUACAGCCAAGAGCGAUGCGAUGCGUCGCAUAAUAGGUCUGGACCGUCCUGGAGGCAUGAUGGCGUCAGUCUUGAAGGCGAGAAGCCGAGCGCUGUCAGCCACGGGGAAUGUCUUUGGCAUCAAGACACAAUCAGAUCGGCCACCGGGGCUAGGCAAUAUCGAUAAUUCGUGUUACCAGAACAGCAUCUUGCAAGGACUGUCGUCUCUCGACUCGAUGCCGAAAUUUUUGUCGACGUGCCUCGAGAAUUUGAAUGCGGAGCAAUCCAACAGCAGUGUGGCUCAGACACUACAAACACUGAUUACCGAUUUGAACGAUUUUGGAAACAAUGGACAAACAUUGUGGACGCCAAGGAUUCUGAAAUCAAUGAGUACAUGGACGCAACAAGAUGCGCAAGAAUAUUACUCCAAAAUCUUGGACGACAUAGAACGGGGCGUGACCACGGCAGUGCAGGAGAGUCGACCACAGCGUGGGCUGGAAAGCGGCGCACCGACCAAGGACGAUGCGACGCCCAGUGAACACAGUGAUGAUAGCGGAUACGCAACCUCCAGAUUGUCUGAGAUGAAGCUGAUCCGGAACCCGCUUGAGGGUCUACUCGCACAAAGAGUAGCCUGCAUUCGAUGUGGCCACUCGGACGGCAUUUCCAUGAUUCCUUUCAACUGUCUUACCCUUAGCCUUGGUCUGGAGAAGCAUCAGCAUGAUCUCUAUGAGCGUCUAGAUGCUUAUACCAAGGUUGAGGCAAUCGAAGGUGUCGAGUGCCCCAAGUGCACUCUUCUGAAAACGCAGAGCCUUUUGACAAGUCUCUUGAAGAAGAUGAAGGAGAGCAAUAUACCAGAAGCACAAUUCGCUGACCCGACACAACGCCUGGAGGCUGUCAAUGCUGCGUUGGAGGAGGACGAUUUCGACGAAAAGACACUCCACGAGGCCUGCAAAAUCUCACCAAAGAGCAAGGUGACGACGACCAAGACGAAACAGAUCGUGAUUGGGCGGCCACCGCAGUCUCUGGUUGUACACAUGAAUCGGUCUGUGUUUGAUCCAGCGACAUUUGACAUGAUUAAAAACUCGGCCCCCGUGCAGUUUCCCAUGACUUUGGAUCUCGGGCCGUGGUGCCUGGGCAGUUCGGGCGGCAAGACUGGCAGCGCCGAGAGCGAGGAGCUGUGGCCUACGGGUUCGAUGGCUUCUUUGAUUGCGGGGGACGGCAGCCAGUCGCGGCUCUCUGGGCCGAUUUACGAGCUGCGUGCAGCGGUGACACACUACGGGCGGCACGAAAACGGCCACUACAUAUGCUACCGCAAGUACCCGAGGUCUGCGCCGAGUAGUCGAGCUGCCAGCGAAGCUGCGGGAGCUACAGCAGAAGACACAACACAAGGAUCAACAGUACCAGUACCAGAGGAGAAGCCAGCAGAAGGGAAGGUGUCCGAGCCCAGAAUGGUAGCCAAGCAGUCAGACGAACCUAGUGAGCAAGGUGGAGAGGCUAGGUCUGAGACUGGUGCUUCAGAGGCAGACAACGAGGGUUUUACUGACACAGACGGCGAUGCCGCAGCUCAGGGUGAGAACCCAAGCGAGGCUAGCGCGGGCAGCGAGCCGACUUGGUGGCGACUUAGCGAUCAUAAUGUGACCAAAGUGAGCGAUGACAUAGUCAUGUCGCUAGCGCCAGGCGUCUUUAUGCUCUUUUACGAAUGCGUCGACCCUAGCAUGGUUCUCGAUGCCGAGGAAGACGAGAUGCAGGACGCCGAGUCCCGUCUGCCGACGAGCGUGCACUACGAGAUGACGACUCUCGACUCGCCGCCAGAGCUCAAGUCAGAGGGCGAGGCGGCGCGCACCAUGACGUCGGCCGUGUCUACGGCGGCGACGGAGACGGACGCCGACGAUGAUCAGUCGGAUAGCAGCGCAACGGAGACGGAUAAUACGACAGUGGGGACGGCCGAGUCGAUAUCACUCUCGGACAGCGAUCUGUCAGAUAGCGGCAAAGCCUGA